AGGCAACAUUUCCGUUUGAUUUGGCCUAUGGUUAAACAACUUCGGAUAUGACUUGACAAACUAUAAUUCCUUAAUCACCACUAUAUGACUUUUAUGUUUUAAGGAAAACAUACAGAAUAUUUGUCUGCAUGGAUGAAAUAGGGAAUAUAAAUUUUGCCAUUGUUUUCUGUCAUAUCAAAAUAAUAUGCACGAUAGUGACCGCUCAGACUUGUAGAUAUUGUGGCGGUGAUGGAUCGUGUGAUGAAAGGUCGCAGUGCAACUAUGGAUGUGUCCCUGGAUUUUUUUCUUUUACUUGCAAGCAGUCAUGUGGUCAGUGCGCCGGAAAUGGUAGCUGUAAUAUAGCUUCCGGGAUCUGCAAUGAGAAGAAGUGCUUGGCGACUUUUUUCGGACCGCUGUGUACACAGCCAUGUCCUAAUUUUUGUGGCGGGAAUGGAAGUUGUGAUUUCAUCACAGCAAAUUGUCAAAAUGGAUGCAAACCAGGGUAUAUGGGAUCAAGAUGUGAAAUUUCGUGUCCUUAUAAUAACUGUAAGAAUCCAUGUAAUGUCUUGAACGGUGACUUUUGUUCUUCCGGUUGUCUAGAUGGGUUUUAUGGAGAAGUGUGUGAUAAACGCUGUGAAUGCCAAGACACCGGAGUCUGUGAACAGAAAACUGGAGUUUGUAUUCGAUCGGCAUCUUCGACAACAUCACGUAGGACAGACAAUGCGUCAUGGUCAACUACUGAAAUCAGAACAAGUAGCACACGACCCACAAGAACUUCCACAACAUCGAACGGUAGCGGUGCUGUACUAAUGAACACUGGACUGAUUGCAGGAUUAACAAUGUCUCUUGUACUGGUUCUUAUCCUGUCCAUCCUAUCUGCUUGUCUCUUGAUCAAAUACUUCAAAAGAAAACAGAAAAAGCCUCAUGUAUACGAGUGUCCAAUUAAUCAGCAAGCUAAAGAAAUAGUUUACGACAGUCUAGAGGCAAUUGCAGAAAAUGAUUAUGUUGAAAUACGUUCCGACUCCUUCAUAGGGGAAAAGGACGCUGGAUACACGAUAGUUCAUCUGUAAUGUCUGCAGUCCAGCGAUGGCUUCAAUGUGGUCAGCUUGUCGUGAUAACUAGAGUCUCUGUUGUCAAUCAGUUACAUCUGAAAGGAUACUACAUAUAUACCAAAGACAUUAAAUGUUGUUUGCAUCCCAUUCAGUUUUAUCCAAUCGAAGUCAAAUUUCUAAAAAAUAAAUUUUAACCAUAAGUAAUUUAAAUAAUUCAGUUUUAUCCAAAUUGAAGGAUAACUUGAUAUGACAAAACAGUCUAAGGAUCAAUGGUUUAUAUAGUGUAUCAGGAGGCCCAUGGGCCUGGACAUCGCUUACCUGAGUAACUUUUGCCAUGUUCUUGACCAGUGUCCUCUUGUAGUACAUAUUCAUAAUUGUGACCCAAUUCUAUCCCAGAGUUCAUGAACAAUAUAGAAUCUACGAUACCCUAAGAUGCUUCCACAUAAGAGGGUCAUGUCCCCUUGGCGGAAGUGAGCCGGUACUUUUUAUUUUCCACAGCAAUUCUCCAUUUCAAUAGAUAUACAUGUACGCCUUUCAACACGCAAGAGAUUAUAUUUUUAUUAUUUUUAUUUGUGAUUUCUUGUGGCGAAUUACAAAAUAAAUGCGUAAAAA